UAACUUGCUAACUAGCAAAUAAUCAAGAAAUGUGCACACGUGGUGGCUACACGUGGUUCUGCACUUUGAAAGACCGCUUGUCAGAGUAAUUCUCCUCAGAUGCACAAUACCUACAACGACUCGAUCUUGUAAAUUAGAUUUGUUUUGUUGCAUUGAAAGGAACUGAUAUGUUGAUUCGAUCACAAUUCCCACAUUAAAGAGAAACAUUGAUAUGUUUAUGGGAAGAUAGUGUAAACUAAUGGGGCAACUCUAGUGAAGUUCAUUCUGCUUCUCUGUGUGGGCUGGCAAUUCUUCUGCGCGUCGAAGGAGCUGCGCGACCGUGCACGCACAGUUUAGAAGGAACGUUGGACUCAGGCAAGUCAUACUAAUGAUAUGAUGGCAUUGUAGGAAAUUAUGUCCAUUGUCCAGCACUGAGAGGACAGUCAUGUCCAAGGUGUUAACAACAACAAAUGUUCAGGAAGCAUGUGGAUCCUCCUCUGACACUCCAUCUGUGAAGGACUUGGUGAAGAUUCUCUUUGGUGGCAAAAGAUUUGGCAACCCAGUGGAUGAGGUUUGGCCUAACCUUUUCAUUGCGGACAUGUCUGUAGCCAAUGAUCGAUACAGCCUAUGGAAGCUUGGAAUCACUCAUGUCCUGAAUGCUGCCCAUGGGAGGCAGCACUGCCUAGGGAGCCAUGUUUUCUACGGGUCAACAGUGGACUACCAUGGAGUGCCUGCUGACGAUUCACCAUCUUUUGACCUUUCACCUUAUUUUUAUUCCACUGCCGAUUACAUCCAAGAUGCACUGAGCACAGCAGACGCCAGGAUCCUGGUCCACUGUGCUGUAGGUGUGAGUAGGUCUGCUUCUCUGGUGCUGGCCUACUUGAUGAUCCAUCACCACUACUCCUUGCUAGAUGCCAUCACAAAGGUCAAAGAGCACAGGUGGAUCUUUCCAAACACAGGAUUCCUAAAACAACUCAGCGCGUUGGAUAAGAAACUGCACACAAAGAAACAGGAGAAGUGAAUAUGAAGACAGGUCAACAUUAUACUACAAAGAGCACUGAGACACUAAAAGUCAACCCUUUUAAACAGAUGAAAUGUCAAUUUCUUAAUAAGCUCUGUCUGCACAAGGCAAUUAGAUUUCUGAUAUUGACUACCAUGUUGAUGCACUUUUCAAUAGAAAUAAAAUAGUUUGUUUGGCUU